AUUCCAUCGACAUCGUCAACUGAUUUAGCAGACGACAGAUUAGUGAUCCUGCGGCCGCGUCAGCUAGCAGACGCUCAGAGCGUGACUGCAACGUGAUUUUUGUGGUACGGAGUUGAACUCGGGAUCAUAACCGAGUCAACAGCGCUAAAUCAACCGAAAAUUCGCCUAUUUUGGCCGGGACGCUAUAACUGCACGAUAAUUCAUCUGAAUUUGGUUCGCCCGUCCCGGGGGAUUUGUCAAGACGUCUCCGCGGCUUGGUCAAGCUCACGACCCUAGACUCGAUCAUGGCUUUGGACUUUGUGGCAGGCUGCUUAGGAGGGUGUGCUGGUGUUAUAGUUGGUCAUCCUUUCGACACCAUAAAGGUCCGCUUACAGAUCCAAGACGGUUCAUCUCCUAAAUACAAGGGUAGUUUCGACUGUUUCAGAGCUAUCCUAAAGACCGAAUCAGUCCGAGGCCUCUACCGAGGCUUGACAUCACCGAUGGCCGGAGUUGCCUUUAUCAACGCUGUCGUCUUCGGCGUCUACGGCAACGUCCAAAGACAGUUGGGAACCCCAGACUCUGUAGCCGUUCACUUCGCCAGUGGGAUAGCCGCUGGAACAGUUCAGUCGCUCAUCGGCAGUCCCAUCGAACUCGCCAAGACCCGUUUACAAGUCCAGGGCUUGGCUUCAAAGAGCUCCAUCUACUCCGGCCCUGUCGACUGUCUCCGACAGAUACACCGUGCGGAAGGAAUUAGGGGUGUAUUCAGGGGUCUCGGUUCAACCGUCCUGCGCGACGCCCCGGCGUUUGGGGUCUACUUCGCAAGUUACGAAUUCUUGGUACGCAAGACGUCUGAAAAGGGCGGACCUGUCAGCAACCUUGAGCUCAUGAUGGCUGGUGGCUUAGCCGGUGUCUUCUCCUGGAUUGUGUCGUAUCCUUGUGACGUAGUCAAGUCGAGACUUCAGGUUGAUGGCAUGGAAGGCCCGAGGAGGUACAACAGUUUCUUGGACUGUGCAGUUAAGAGUUACAAGAACGAAGGUGUCACGUCUUUUACGCGUGGCCUGAACUCGACCCUGCUCAGGGCCUUCCCGACGAACGCUGCGAUAUUCAUGGUAGUCACGUGGGUGCUAAGACUAUGCGACGGCAAGACGUCGUCUGUCAGGCUGGAAACCGCGCACCACCACGCGGUGCAUUUUGACGCUGAUAUACGCCUUAACAGGGUUGCCAGCAUAGUCGAUUCCUAUGCUGAAUCAGUGUUCUUGUUCUGAAUGACCAAAGUUCCCCUGGGAAAGAUAACGUAAAAAAAGAGGUCUGCUCCAACCUACAUCACCGACAUACGAAACCAGCUUCUUUCGCCGUUGGGCUGCCUUUUCAUUCGUUUUGUACAGAUCCAUUUACAUUUGAAUAAAACAAUUACAAUAAAGGUGCUUUUUAGGUUAGCA